CCGCUGUGGGGGUGGGGGUCCCGGCGCCCGCGGCCGUGGGAGGCGGGCAUGGCGCUGCCCCGUCCCGGUCCCGGCGCCGUCGGGGCAGCGGCAGACGCACAAAGGCCGCGCCGCCCCUGCCGCUCGUUCAGCCCACGGCUGGGCGGUGCAGCCGUACGGCCGCAGGAUUUGGAAGUCCCUUGUCUUCACAUUGCCGGGAUCGACGUCUUGCUCAACUGAGCCAGCCACUCACCCAGUGGAGAUGGUCAGAACUACUGCCCUCAUGCUGACUCACAUCUGAAUCACAGCACAGGGGGAGCCUGGAUGCCUUGUUUGUGCAAAGACCCAUCUUCACUGAGCUUCCUCCAAGCUCUGGAAUAUACACGUCUCUCUGAACUUAAAGUUGCUCUAGUUUUGAAGCCCAGGGCUCCUGAAGGUUUGAGAGGUGUCUUCUAAGUGGCCUUAUUCUAACUCCUCAGCAGACAGCUGGGUCGUCCUUCCUUUCAGACCCUGAAGUGGAAGGCAGCAUGCCAACUCAAUCUCUCCUCGUGUACAUGGAUGGGCCAGAAGUCAUUGGCAGCUCCCUAGGCCCCCAGGUGGAGGUGGAUGAUGCCGUGCCCACCAAAGGGCCAGCUGCAGUCCCCUUCCGAGCUGCACAGGACAAGAGCACAGCCCCAGUGGAAGGGCACAUGCCCCUGGACUGCAUGUUCUGCAACCAGGCCUUCUCCCAUGCAGAAGACCUCAGUCAGCAUGUGCUCCUGCAGCACCGGCCCACCCUCUGUGAGCCAGCCGUCCUGCGUGUGGAGGCUGAGUAUCUGAGUCCCCUCGAUAAAGGUCAGGUGCCAACGGACCCGCCAAAGGAGAAGAACAGCAAAGAAAACGAAGAGUUGAGCUGUGAUGUGUGUGGGCAGACGUUCCCCAUGGCUUUUGAUGUGGAGAGCCACAUGAAGAAACAUAAGGACUCCUUCACGUAUGGGUGCAGCAUGUGCGGGAGAAGAUUCAAGGAGCCGUGGUUCCUUAAGAACCACAUGCGGACACACAAUGGCAAGUCUGGCACCAGGAGCAAGCUGCAGCAGGGUCUGGAGACUCCUGUCACCAUCAAUGAAGUGGUUCAGGCAAAUGUAGCUGGGAGCAUCUCCACUCCCUACAAGAUCUGUAUGGUUUGUGGCUUUCUCUUCCCAAAUAAGCAGAGCCUUAUUGAGCACAGCAAGGUUCAUGCCAAAGAAACUGCGCCCAGUGCCAGCAGCACAGCUCCUGAUGCCCAGCAAGAGGGACCCACAUCCUUGAAGGAAGAGCUGCUGCAGUUUUUGAACUUGAGACCCCGAUCAACUUCAGAGUCUGAAGUGAAGCCCAUGACCUCUAUACCUCAGCUUGACCCGUUCACCACCUACCAGGCAUGGCAGCUGGCUACCAAAGGAAAAGUGGCCAUUGCCCAAGAAGAGGUGAAAGAGUCAGGCCAAGAAGGAAGCACGGACAAUGACGAUUCAUGUUCAGAGAAAGAGGAACUUGGAGAAAUAUGGAUUGGGGGUAAAUCGGAAGGUUCUGGAAAGUCUAAAACAAAUAGAAACAGUUGUCCAGGUCUCUCGCAAGACAGAGAGAAGCCUAGACAUGCCAACAGUGAAGUGCCUUCUGGGGAUGGUGAUCCCAAGUUGCCCAGCAGCAAGGAGAAGCCCACACACUGCUCUGAGUGCAGUAAAGCCUUCAGGACCUACCACCAGCUUGUCCUGCACUCCAGGGUGCACAAGAAGGACAGGAGGGCUGAUGCCCCAUCACCCACCAUGUCUGUGGAUGGGAGGCAGCCUGGGACUUGCUCCCCAGACCUCGCCACCACUCUGGAAGACAGCGGGGCUGUGGACCGAGAAGGGGCCUCAGAAGACGGCUCUGAGGAUGGGCUCUCUGAAGGGCUCCACUUGGAUAAAAAUGAUGAUGGAGGAAAAGCAAAGCCCCUCACGUCCUCGAGAGAGUGUAGUUACUGUGGGAAGUUUUUCCGUUCAAACUAUUACCUCAAUAUUCAUCUCAGAACGCAUACAGGUGAAAAACCAUACAAAUGUGAAUUCUGUGAGUAUGCUGCAGCCCAGAAGACAUCUCUGAGGUACCACUUGGAGAGACACCACAAGGACAAGCAGCUGGUGGAUGCUGCAGCUGAGUCUAAGAGUGAAGGCCGGAGCCAGGAGCUGCAGGAUGCACUACUAACGGCCGACAGUGCGCAGACCAAAAAUUUAAAGCGAUUUUUUGAUGGUGCCAAAGAUGUUAAGGGCAGCCCACCUCCCAAGCAGCUUAAGGAGACACAUUCUGUCUUUCAGAGCGUUUUGGGCAGUGCUGUCCUCUCACCAGCACACAACGACGAUACUCAGGACUUCCAUAAAAAUGCAGCUGAUAACGUCGAGAAAGUUGUAAAGAGUCCUGCCUCUGCCUAUCUGGACAUGCCAAGAAAGAGAGCAGCAGGUGAGCCUCAGGCCAGGAGCCCUGCCUGCAAACUAGAGGGGCUUGGGCCCCUAGCUCGAGAAGCUGGCCACAGGGAAAAGAUGGAUCGGGAGGCUGACUUCCAGGACAGGCCUUUGAAUCUGUCCCUUGGGGCACUCCACGCCUGCCCUGCGAUCUCUCUGAGCAGGUGUCUUAUCCCCAGCAUUGCCUGUCCCUUCUGUACUUUUAAGACCUUUUAUCCAGAAGUCCUGAUGAUGCACCAGAGACUGGAGCAUAGGUACAACCCUGACACACAUAAGAACUGCAGCAGCAAGUCUGUGCUGAGGAACAGGCGGACUGGGUGCCCCCCUGCCUUGCUGGGCAAGGAUGUACCGCCCUUGUCUGGUCUGCAUAAGCCAAAGGGCAAGCCUGCCUUUUCAUCACAGGCCAAGUCCUUGCACCCGGAGAAAGUACGGCAGGGGACCUCGGGUCCAAGCAAAGCUCCCCAGACUUCAGGACCGGACAACAGCACUUUAGCUCCAAGUAACCUGAAGGCACAUAGGUCGCAGCCCAGUGCCGGGGGCCCUGGUGCCACCAGGCAGCAGCAGUCAGAGUUGUUUCCCAAAGGUGGCGUCUCUGCUGCUACGGAUAAGGUGAAAAGACCCGAGCCGAAACUGAAGGCCCCGUCAGCUGCUCCUUCUCAGUCCCCUCUCAACAGUAGUAAUGGCAACGGUUCCAGCGAGUAUCCCGUGAAGGUUGAUGGCCCAUGGGCACAGCAAGGCAGAGACUACUACAGCCAUCGGAAUGCUGGCAGUGCCACAGCAGAAUUCAGCGAGCCACUUCCCAAAAGACUCAAGUCCAGUGUGGUGUCCCUGGACACAGAGCAUCCUGGGCCCAAUGGUAGAAGGGCCUUCGAGCUCCCCAAGUACCAUGUGGUCAGGAGCAUCUCCUCCUUGUUACCAGAGUGUGUGUGCCCACCGUCUGUGCUGCCCCCGAAAGCCCGUUUCCUGAGCCCCGGGGAGGGGCAGAAGCCCUACAGCGCCCCUGGACCCCUGUACACCUGUGGACCUGUGGGACACACAGCAACCAGCCCAGCCCUUGAAGGAAAGAGGCCUGUGUCAUACCAGCAUGUAUCCAACAGCGUGCUGCAGAAGAGAAGCUAUGAGAAUUUCAUUGGAAGUACACAUUAUCGACCAAAUGACAAAAAAACUUGACUUUCUGGUUUUUGGGGGGAAAAGUUAGGUCUCUGGAUGCGAGUACACACUUUCCAUGGUAGCACACUUCGGUUCAUCUUCCGAGAGCACGUGCCGAGAGCUGCUGAACAAGCUGUGACUGGAUUUGUACAUAGACCCGAGAGGAGCAGAGAAGGAACACUACAUUCUAAAGUUCUGUUAACUUUUGUACCAAAAAAGCAAUAAAAACUAGUGGGAGCAGUUGGGCCGUACACAAAUGGGGGCUGCAAAUCUAUUUUGUCCCUAAAAUAUUUUUUUAAAGAAUUGACCAAAUAAGUUUCUGCAUACUUGAGCGCUGCUGAAAAGACGUCCUUGGGGGUGGGGUGGGGUGGGAAUGUUGAACGCUUGCACCUCAGGUAACUGUAAAUACCUAUGUUGUAAACUUGCUUAAGUACUGUGUGCAUUUCUUUCCCUCAUGGAGCUCAAUGAUUUGAGCAGUUUUUGCUUCUUUAUGCUUUCUCAUUUAAAACGUGUUUUAAAACAUUCUCCCUGAUCUGUAUUUUGUUGAGUCCUCUACAAUCUGUUUGUCUUAACAGAAUUGUUGGUGGAAGUAUUGACACCCAGGCUGUGCUGUGCAUCUUGAGGUCAGCGGGACUGAACCCGGCACCUUGCAGUACAGCUGUUAGCAGCUCGUGUGUACAGGUUGCCCUGCAGCCCCCAGCGUCCUGCCCUGCAGAUUGUGUGUGGUGCUUUGAGCAAGUGCUCUUACAGAGACACCGUCUCUGUAGAGUGGCCAGUGUCAAGGGAUACGCCAGGCUCCGGAGGGAGCUUAUCUCAGUUCUUCAUUCAGUUUCUCGGAGAGUUGUCUGAAUUAAGUCUAGACGGAUAUGCCACAUUUCCUGGUGUGAGCUGCAUGCUGGGAAGCCAUUUUUAAAGGAAGUGAAAGGUUUGGGGAAAUUUUUUUAGUUGGAGUCUUCAUGUGCCUGGUGUUAGAAGCGUGGACACCUUGAGUCUGAGCCUCCUGGGAGGCAGGGAGAGAAAAUUUGCUGUAGACACUCUUGUCUCCCCAUUUUUUGUUUUACAGUCAGGGUGAUUUCCUCAAUGCACAGGCAGCUUGGGGCUGAGGGAGGACAGCCGUCAGCUGGCUCACUUAGCAUUUUAAACUUGAGUUCCUUUGUUUGAGUUUAUUCAACAGUUCAUGGGUUUAGCAAACCCAAAAUAUUAAACUGUUUCAGAAAUAAAUUUGCACUGCUCAUUUUUCUUGCCCCACCCCUCUUGAUAGGACAAAAGGGUGAAGAGCUCAAAGAACCCCCACUUUGAUUCUGCAACAUGAGGGGUCCUUGGGGAGAUGUCUUACCUCCUGUGUCGGAGACCUGGGUGGAGAUGUAUCUGCUCUUGUAGAAAGUGCUUUUGUAUCAGGAACACUAGGCCCUGUUCCCGUCUACAAGCUGAGCCAUAUGUACAUAAUCUAGACUGUUGUUAGGUUCUGCACUUUUUAUAGCCUAUUUUUGAAGAUUAACACAUUUGCAAGAUGAUUGACUGGAUCUUUGCCUAAAUCCAUCGAGUGUACAGGAAGCUCGUGGGGACAAUACAUACAAAUCUUGAGGGGGGAGGUUAUGCAAUAGGGGGCAAAAUUAAAACUAUUAAAAAAAAAUCACCAAAUCUAUUAGGAAACAAGUCAAUGUGUGUAAUGCUGAAAUUUUUGGGCCUUUCAGAUUUCUGUAGCUACAAUUUCUGAGUGCAUAAGACUUGCAGUUUUGUUUUUCUUCAACCCUUUGUACUUCACAGUGUGUUCUUAUCAUCAGUAUUAACUCUUGGGAUACUACUGCUUUGUGUGUCUUUCCCUUUGAGGCAACAGUACAUGUGAUAAGAGGUACAAUUUGUUGGAUUUUUAUUAAUGUAUUUAUUUCAUUCCAGUUUGAUUUAUUUUAAUUGUUGAUACUUAAGUUGUCAGACAGUAGACAUGCUUUAUUUAUGAUAUAUUUCAGCUUAAAGUUAUGUUAUUAUAUGUGGAUGUAAAUAUAGAUUUGGUGUUUUACA